UAAAUGUUUGAUUAGUUCUUCUCUAAUCAUCCCAUUCUAAAACUUGAAUUUGAAGCAUCUAAUUACGUUUAGGGGUCGAUCAAAUUAUGCCUUCUAGCAGUGGUCGUAAUGGAGCGAUGAGUACCGAUAUAACCUCGACAGUAAAGAAGUUAAAUCAUAACGCAAGCGAACGAGAUCGUCGUAAGAAACUCAACAAUUUAUACUCAUCACUUCGUUCUCUACUUCCUGGCUCCGACCACACGAAGAAACUAAGUAUUCCGGUGACUGUUUCUAAAGUGGUGAAAUACAUUCCGGACUUGCAAAAACAAGUAGAUAAAUUGAUACAAGGGAAAGAAGAGAUUUUAACGAGCAUUUCGAAGCAGCAAACAGCUGGUGGAGGAGAUCGUCUUAGAGAUAGUAAGUCGAGAAAAGUGUUAGCCGUGAAAAAGCAAUCUUUACCAACUGUAUCAGCAAACAGAGUAGAUGACAGGGAAGUUGUAAUUCAGAUUUGUUCGUUAAAGGUUAACAUACCUUUAUUAUCUGAGGUUUUGCUAAAUUUGGAAAGGGAAGACUUUCGGGUCCUUAAUGCUUCAGCUUUUGACUCUAGUGGUGAUCGGGUUUUCUACAAUCUCCAUCUUCAGCUCUUAAGUUGAUGUGAACUGUGGAGGUGGAGGAGUACAAGAAAGAAAAAUGGGCGCAGAAAGACUGAAGGAUUUAUGUACAUAAACUAAGUUAUCGAAAAUACCCUGGAGUCAUGAAUACGUGUAGCAUACCCUGGAGCCAAUCUCACAUUCUUUGCCACGACUAUUUUUUCCAAUUUGAAUAUGCCACGAUUACUUGACCACAACCUAUUUAGUCAGGUAUUUUGAAGGUUCCAGUAAGGUAAUCCAUCCAACCUUAUAGGACCGUUAUAUGCAAAAAUGUCGUGCCAGCCCCACCACCACAAUCCCAAUACCACCGCCACAAAAAUGCUGUGCCAUCAUGGCACGGGUUAUCCACGUACUCAGCCAUGGACAACUCUAUAUUACACAGUCCAGAUGCAUAAACAUCGGUAAGGUCCAUGUGUUACUUCCAAAGAACAAUACUAGAUACGAAACAACGAAUAUUGUAUAUCCAGAAGUCAUGUUAUAAAUUUAUUUUCAAAAUGUGAUUCUAUUGCUCUUAUACGUUAUUAGCGGUGUUUAUUCUUGGCUAAUUUGAUGUUUAAUUUGUGCUAAUUAUAUUAUUUAUUUUUGGAGGAAUACUUGGAACUGAGAAGAUUAUUAUUUUUGUUCCUUGCCAAUGCAUAGAUUACAUUGGCGCAUAAUUAUAGACUAAUUAAAGAAAAUGUACAUAUAGAUUAACAUAAAGAAUAUAGUUUUACAAAUAAACUCAGCUUCAGAUAGAUCACUAGCAGCACCCCUUAUGUCCUCGGGUAAUCCACUAGUUUGACUUAAAGAAAAAAAAGAUUUGACAGGAAGGAGAAUUAUAUUAAAGACUUGGAGAAUAUACAAAGUCUAC